AGAAAACGUUCAAUUUCCGUUAUCCGGAUUCUCAGAAAGUGCCUGAAAAAAAAAGGAAAAAAAGAAAAAGUGCCCAAUAGGAAAAUCAAACCUCAAGCCAAAUAAUUUUUCGCGGUAAGUGCAGCAACGCGAUAUUUGAUUGGCCAGCCCUGCGUUUGCGGUUUUUUUUUUUUUUUUGUUUUUUUAUUUCCUGUACUUUUUUUUGGGGGGGAAAACUUGCGUUUCCGCGAAAACCGAAAAAAACGGAUCAAGCAAUGGACGCCGAGAAGCAGCUGGAAAGUCAGCUGGAGAAGGAGCUGGACGAGAUGUCGGCCGAAGAUUUGGGCGUCGAUGCCUACGAUGAAUACGAUUUGAUCGUGAUACCCGAUGAGGGAAAGGGCUCGCCGCAGAAGGCUAGCAGUGAGUCGCCGCAGAAGGCUCGCAGUGAGUCGCCGCAGAAGGCUCGCAGUGAGUCGCCGCAGAAGGCUCGCAGUGAGUCGCCGCAGAAGGCUCGCAGUGAGUCGCCGCAGAAGGCUCGCAGCGAGUCGCCGCAGAAGGCUCGCAGCGAGUCGCCGCAGAAGGCUCGCAACGAGUCGCCGCAGAAGGCUCGCAACGAGUCGCCGCAGAAGGCUCGCAACGAGUCGCCGCAGAAGGCUCGCAAUGAGUCGCCGCAGAAGGCUCGCAACGAGUCGCCGCAGAAGGCUCGCAACGAGUCGCCGCAGAAGGCUCGCAGUGAGUCGCCGCAGAAGGCUCGCAGUGAGUCGCCGCAGAAGGCUCGCAGUGAGUCGCCGCAGAAGGCUCGCAGUGAGUCGCCGCAGAAGGCUCGCAGUGAGUCGCCGCAGAAGGCUCGCAGUGAGUCGCCGCAGCAGGAGGAGCACAAGUCGGAGGAGCUGGGCCAAGGAUUGCGCCCAAGCUGGCCACCGUCGCCCGCCGGCGGGGAUAUGACAACCAUUGAGCUGAGCUCAUCGGACGACGAGUCGUUAGUGGAGAAGGCUGAGGAAUAUGAAGACGAUGACCGUGGCAAAGCGGACAAUGAUUCCAUUUGCAGUGGCGAAGAUGUGGGUGUGAUUGACGAAGAUGUGGAAGUGAUUGGCGAAGAUGUGGAUAUGAUGGAGGACUCCGACUUGAAGUCGAACAGUGAGGAGUCCAGUGACAGUGACAGUGACAGUGACAGCGACACCGGCGAAAUUCAGCGCGUGUAUCGGGAGCUGAAUGCGCUUCCCAAUAAGAAGUUUGCCCAAAUGGUCUCUCUUGUCAGAAUCGCCUUCAAACUGAAUGAUCUGGACAGGAUCGAAUCAUCGGUGCUGAAGUUGAAAAGUCUGGCCACUGUGCCGGCUCACGUGUGGUUGAAGUAUCUCAAGGUCCGCAUGUCCGUCACCCAAACUGAGGCGGAGCACAAGGCAUUCCAGGAGCAGUGUGCCACAGCAUUGGGCUACUACUACAGCAUUCCGCUGUGCGAAUACAUUGUCAACUACCUGGUGGAUCAGGGCCAAGUAGAGAACCAUAUGCUGUGGGCCAAGCUGCUGGCGGACUACGACGUGGAGCGCCCAGACUUUGGCGAUAAGCUGCGCUCGCUGAUCACCACAAUUACGGACGCAGAUGAGGCGGCCGACUUUGAGGAACUGCUGCAGAAUCGCUGCGUCACCUGGACGUGCACCGUGGAGCAGCGCAAGAUGAUCAAGUCCGUUGUGGACAAGUUUAAGCAAGAUCUCGCCGAGACUACACAUUGUUGGAAAUGGCCUGAGGAACUGAAGCCUCAUAUCUACUAUGUAAAGACAUUACCCCUUGACGAUGAUCUCAAAAACGCUGUGAUCCGUUUCAUAUUCGAGCGCUUGGUGUCCAAGUUUCCCAUUUUCGAUGCGCUCUGGUUAUCCUACAUCGACUUCAUUCAGUACGAAAGCGCCACUGUGGCGGAGGAUGUGGAUGAGGAUAAUUUAAACGCCGAAAUGAGAGCCAAGCGGAACAGCCGCUUGGGCAGAGGUUUUCUGCGCAGCACGGAACUCGACUUGGCCAGACGUGGUGUGCGCAGUCAGCCCAGUGUAGAACUGAAUCAUCGUUUCCUCGACCUCAUGGAGCGCACCGACUUUGAGCUGGCGGAAGUGGAUGAAGAGAUUCUUGUCAUACAGCAGCACAUUAUGACCGACAUGGAAAUGAUCGUGGAGCUGCAUCUGGACUAUCUGGCGUACCGUGUGCGCAACACCAAUGUCAGCGAUGAGGAGCAGGUCGCCAGUCUGCGUGGCGCCUUCAAUCACGCUUGGGAGGAGCUAACCGUGCUCUACGGCGACGAGGCGGACACCAGGUACGAGGUGCUGCAGUUGUGGGCUCAAGUUGAGUACACGCACCUGGCCAAUCCGGACAAUGGACGCGAGAUUUGGCGUCAGAUAAUGGGCUAUCCGGGCAGCACGAAGCGCGGCAUGCUCUGGCUGACCUUUGCCCAGAUGGAAAGCGAAUACAAUGCUGGCCACGGCACACGCGAUGUGCUCCGCAAAGCUCUCUUGCAGCCCGUCCUCGAGGAUGGCAUUUUGGUGCAGGACAUGUACCGCCGCUUUGAACGUUGCUAUGGCACCUAUGAGUCCAUUGCCAACUGCCAGGCCGUUGAAUUGCCUGCCGCGUAUGCGGCUAAUCCUCGCCAGCAGCAGCAACAAUCGAAUCGCGAGCCAAAGAAUCGCGAUCAGCCACGUCGCCAGGCGCAGCAGCAACCGAAGCAGGGCAAUAAGAUGUCCAAAACCAAACCAUCUGGUGGAGCUUCACCACCAUCGACAUCGAAAGUCAAGGGGCCAGCGAAUGAGGAGGCCAAGAAAUCGAACUUUAAGUACUCGCCCAACAUGGAAAUCAACAAGAUCUUUGUGAGGAAUCUGUAUUCCGGUUGCAGCAAGAAGGAGCUGUACGAUCUCUUCUCGUCCUUCGGUACCAUCAUAGAUGUGCGCCUGGUGUACAAGCUAAACAAGCAAUUCAAGGGCAUUGCAUACGUUGAGUUCGAGAAGCCGGGCGAGGCUCAACGAGCUGUGGCUGGACGCGAUGGUUACCUGUUCCAGUCCAUGAAUAUCUCCGUGGCCAUUUCAAACCCACCGCCGAGGGGCUCAUCCGCCCAAGCUGCCAAGCCAAGUGUGGCUACCAAGCGACGUGUGCCCACCUCGCUUAUACCCACGACCGUUGUGCGCCAGGAGGGGGCCAAGAAGUUGCGCUUGAUACUGGACGAGCCGGGGGGCACAUCAUCCACUUCGGCACCCGCCGACGUGGCCACCAAUCCCGAGGCUAAUGGAGAGGAGCAAAAGGGAGAUGAUCAAAACGAAGAGGAGCAAAAAGGAGAGGAGAAAAAGGGAGAUGAUCAAAACGAAGAGGAGCAAAAGGGAGAUGAUCAAAAAGAAGAGGAGAUGCCAGCUGUUGUGCCGAAGUCAAACGAUGACUUCCGCAAGAUGUUUCUCAAGGAUUAGGCGAUAAAUGCUGGAGGCUGAGCCCGGUGCCAGCGGCCAUUUGUAGUUUGUAAGACGGGGGGGAAGAUGACAAAAGGGAGAUGAUCAGAAAGGAGAGGAGCAAAAAGAAGAGGAGAUGUCAGCUGCUCUGCACAAAUCAAACGAUGACUUCCGCAAGAUGUUUCUCAAGGAUUAGCCGAUAAAUGCUGGAGGCUGAGCCCGGUGCCAGCGGCCAUUUGUAGUUUGUAAGACAAAGGGGGGAAGAUGACCAACAGGGCUGAUCAGAAAGGAGCUUUGUAAGACGGAGAACCUUAAAAUUUUUUUAAGAUUUAAGGAGACCUAAACAGAACCCAAAGGUUGGACACACUGUACAAAGAAAAAACUGUUGUAAGACAAUGAUUAAUAAACUGGUUUCAUCAGUGAGUGAUGAACCCAAGUAAAUACAAA